AUGAUAUCCGCGAAUCGGACGGUCAAGGGAGGAAGUUGCUUACCCUGUCGCCUUAAGAAGUUAAAAUGCAACCAAGAGUUACCCUGUGGAUCUUGUGUCAGACGCAAUACUCAGGCAGAUUGUCAAAAGAAUCCACCGAAAGCCUGGAUAAGCAGAAUUCACAAGCCAUCAAAACAUUCACGAACAGAGUCUUCCAAAAAGCGACAUCCUGAGUCAAUCAAAGUAAUUGCCUCCGACUGCUCGGUUCAAAAACAUAUUAAAUCCAACUCUCUUGCAUCGAUAAGUGCAAGAAUAUCCGGCUCCAAUUCAACCUCAAGUUGGGUUCUUUACCUAGUCAGGCUGUUACCUUGUAAAGUUGAUUGCGAUAUUCUAGUUGGCCUAUAUCUCAAAAAUAUUCAUGGCUUACUAUGGGCCAUUGACGAACAGCAGUUUAGGGAGACCUAUCACCUAUUCUGGGAGAAUACGUUACGUGUCACAAGUUUGAUGGAUCUAGCAAUGAUAUUUGCAAUGCUAUGCGCUGUGUCGACAGCAUUGCCAAGACAGGUCGCUACAAUUCUUUCAAAAUCUCACGUUAUCACUCACAAUUAUACGAAUAUUUGGUACCGUGCCUGCAAGCAAUCAAUCAGAUCAUAUGAGUUAGAUCGAAAUCCAACUGAAAAGCAAAUAUCGGUUUUCUUGAUACUACAAUACUGUUAUCUUUCGAAUGGAGAUUUGUUUGCAUUGAGAUCUUAUCUAGGUGAAACUGUAACAGCAUGUUAUCUUACUGGACUACACCUCGAAUCGAAUGAUCUUAGUGACAAGGAAAUGGAGUCGAGGAAACAACUCUGGUGGAACGUGUUUUAUAUCGAUACCCUUGUUUCAUUCUACACAGAACUGCCACCAUUUAUAAAAUGCAAAAACUCAAAUUGCACAACACCGGACUACCGUGAACAAAACACUCCACACGUAGUUUUGCGGAAUUAUAAUCCAGCAUCCAGUCCGAUGCUAUUCUCCGGAAACUUCUACCUCACGAAAUUAAUGAAAAUUGCUAAUAGCAUCUGGGAUAGUCAUGGGAACUUUUGUUCGUCCAAAAAAGUUAUCGAUGCUCAUUUUAAGAUUCUGGAUUCAUUCAUUUUAGAGAUACCGUGGUUUCUCAAAGUUCAAAAGGACAAGCAGCUCCCUGAAAUCCCUGUCUAUUUACAGCCAAUAAUUUAUUGGUCCAUCGUUGAUUUAUGGUCUAAAAUUUAUUUGAUCAGGUUCAAGUAUUCCUACAAAACUGUUUUUGAAUCAAGUUUUGGAUCGAACACUUUUGAAGCGAUUGAUAUACUCCAUGAGAGAUUCCCACAAUACAUGAGCUAUGACAACCUCAUGCUACAUUCUCAAACUCUGACCAUAAUAGCCUAUCUGCUACUGGCAAGUCUGAAAUACACAAAAACAUGCCACUCCAGUGUGAUAAAUUGCGUGGUGAGAUCACUGGAGACACAAAGAGAUUGCCCUUUUGCAAAUCAUGAGAUCUACUCAAUAUUUCGAAUUCUUGCAACAUUCUCAGGAAAACAUGCCUGUGCAAUUCCCGAAAAACUUUGGAUCAAUGCUGGUGAAAUGCUUAAAGGUCGAGCCCGAUUCUCCCAACUUUCUUUCCAAAAUCAAUGA